UAGGUUCUUGGUUGCAUUCAAUGGCACAAUAACAUAAGAGUGUUCUUUUGGUGAUCCGUGAUAUGGUCAUCUAUGGUAUAGGUGAACCGUGGUGAAUUUUAGUUGUGUGACAUUAGGCUGCGUUCCGUCGCCGUGUGCGAAGAUGAGCAUGUUUGGUGCUGUUGUUUCGGGACGACUGGUUCAAACUUUUGAGCAGAUUGGGGAAACUCAGUUUAUAACAACAAUCCAUGAUGCAGACCACAUCAACCAUAUUGUUUUGUUCCUGACUGGAACUGUUCCAUUUCCACAGGGCAUGGGAGGUUUAGUUUAUUUUAGUUGGCCUGAUCCAAACGCUCCUCCGACAUGGCAACUAUUAGGUCAUUUAUCAGAGGACAAACCAUCAGCUAUAUUCAAAAUAAGCAACCUGAAGAAGGGAGCUGUUGGCAGCAAUGAUAUGGGACCUAACAUGAAUACAUUUGGUCAACAGUUAUUUUCUCAUAACGCUCAGAUUGGAAUAUCAGUAGAGCCAAUAUUGCACGUGCAACAACAGUCAGCUUUGGUAACAAGCCAGACCACAAGCAAUUUUGUGCUAUUUUGUCAGAAGAUGUUGGAGAACUUCUUGAAUUAUGCUUCUAGUUUUGCUGUUACUCAAGUGCAAAUGACAGCAAAUCCAAAUGAAACAUUUGUUCCACUGUCAGUUCUACAGUCAUGGUACAGUAACUUUGAAAGAAGAUUACAGCAGAGUCCAAAUUUCUGGCGUACUUGAAUGAUGCAUAAUAAUCAAUUUUCCACUGUAUAUUGAUUAUUCUGAGUUUCUUUAAGAUCAGAAUCGGUAAUUACCAUUAGGUAUAAUACUGGAAGAAUUGCAGGUGAAUGUGUUUGUAUCUUAUGUUCUGAAUUUUUUAUUAACUUGUGUGUUUUUGGAAAGUCAUUAAAGUGUAACUUUUUUCACGAUAUGUAAUUAUCAUAUUCAGGCACUUUGGAGAGCUGAUAAAGUAAAAACCUGUUCAAUUAAGUCUGCUGAUGUUCUUCUGUUCUUUAUUAUAAGAGUUUCUCGAAAAAAUCUCAGUUUGUAUCUCAUUAAACGUAACCACUGAUAGCUUAAAAAGGUUGAGGUCUAUUGUCCAUUUGCGUACAGAUUUUAAAGAUGGGCGCCAUUUGGCAGUAUAAUUGGAGAUGGCUAAAAGAUCUAUAAGACGACUCUUCAUCCUGUGUUAACAUUUAUAUAUCAAGUGAGGAAGUUUGCUUAUAUUUAGUAUAAUUUUUAUCACUGAUAUCUGAUGUACAUUUUCAAAUGAAAUUUGUUAUUAAAACAAAAUGUAUAUUAUCUUUGCAUUUAAAACUGCUGAAUACCAGUUUUCGUAAAUAGUGUUUUGAGUUCUCAUAACAUGAGAGUGUCUUCGUGGGGUUUAAUCUCAUUGAAUCUUACAGGCCUUGUUAUGAAAAUGUUGUAAAUUCCUGUUUUUCUUAUUUAUAUUUAAAACUUGUCAUAUAAUAAAUUAAGAAUUUUUCACUCCACUGAGUAAGCCGUGCACUGAUGUUUUAAUUUAUUCGUAUGAUUUUAUUUUAAUGGUGUGGCUAAGUGAAGGCAAUGAUAUACAAUAUGUUACUACGAACUGUACUUGCAUUCUACAGCUUUUAUCUUCAGGGUAGCUGUAUUUGAACAUUAAUGUUGGUACAUUUGUGGUUGUGGUCUAUUCCUUAUGAAGAUGAUAUUGUUCCUACAUUUUCUAAAAUUACAUUUGAAAUUUCUUUCUUUUGUUGUAGUUAAAGGGGGAUCUGGAAGUCUAGAAAUUAUUUUCAAUAGCAGUGAAGUAUCGUGUUUUAGGCAUUUAUCAAUGUCCGGUUAUGGCUUUAUGACCCUGAUUUGAUUGAUCUGUGUUGAGAUUAUUAUUAUUUGUUACUUAUCAGUUCUUUCAAUGUGAUUCUUUGAAUGUGAAAUACAAUUGUUUAUUUUACAGUAAAAUGCAUUUUUCUAUCUUGUGUUGCGAUUCGUUUUAAUUACUGCUGGCCAUGUUUUUCCCUUGUUAUCUGUUUGGUGUUUGGUUAACAAGGGUAUUGCAUCAGUUACUCAUGGAAUGAUUCUGGGUUUGUAUUUUUAUGUAUGGUUUGUUGCUGUGUUUGAGUUGUAAUUUAAAUUUUUGUACAAUUAAGUUUUCAGUCUCCCUUCUAUUGUUGGGUGUUGCAUUGUAAAUUACCGAAGGUUAAAAUAUAAGAAUUACCAUCAGUUAUAGCAUAAACCAGCCUGUAAUGAAGGCUUAGAAGUUAUGUGUUCCAUUCAGUUUUAUGUGUUUAUGCCAUUUUUGUGCCAAAAAAAACAAUUUUCCUUAGUUUCGUACGUUCCGUGCCUGUGGCCUUGAGUCAAGAUGUGUAAGGCAAAUUCAGAAUAUCACUUUUCUAUAUCUGCGGCUGUGAACAUGUUCCUCGUAUCUCGUGAAAAGAGAUCUACCAAUUGAUGUCAGAGGAAUUUUUUUUGACAUAUUUCCCGUCAUUUUGUACAAUGGAAAACAUAAAAAAUGCUCCUCUAACACUUUCCUUUAACAGUACUGGUGUCUGUAAAUUGUCUUCCUUACAUUCCCAUGAAUCUCACAUAUGCCAAUUGGCUGGAGUACCCCAAUUACAAUGGAUAAUGUAAAUGCAGAUAUAUUAAUUUUACUUUUAUCCAUUCUCUGAAUGAAUAAAAUGAAUUUUAUUAUAA